UGUCACGCUGUCCUAGAGAAGAAACUGAAGAAAACAGGAAGUGGUUUCUGCUUGUUCUAAAAUCUUGCAGGACCCCGGGAACAAAACAGGCAGAGAUUGCAAUUCUACUCCCAGAAAAAAAAUGGGUAAUUCUGGGAAUAAUCUUCUUGCUGUGAUGGCCAAGAACAUUGAUGUUAUAGCUAUGCCUGUGAUUUCUCUCGUGUAUCCUCUGUACGCUUCUAUUAGGGCCAUAGAGACUAAAUCUCGUGCUGAUGACAGGCAGUGGUUAACUUAUUGGGUUCUUUAUUCUCUAAUUACUCUGUUCGAGCUUACAUUUUUCAAAGUUCUUGAGUGGUUACCCAUUUGGCCCUAUGCGAAACUGAUUGGUAUAUGCUGGCUAGUCCUACCUCAGUUCAACGGAGCAGCUUAUGUUUACGAGCAUUUCAUUAGACCUUUCUACAGGAAUCCACAAGUUAAGAUCUGGUAUGUACCUCGAAAGAAGGAUGUUUUCAGUAAACCAGAUGAUGUCCUUACUGCUGCAGAAAAAUACAUUGAAGAAAAUGGACCAGAAGCCUUUGAGAGAAUGAUAGCCAGGGCUGAUAGAGAAGCCCGGGCGAGGAGGAGCAACUAUAUGAUCUUUGAAAAUGAUAGAGGAUAUUAUUAACACCCUGUAUUCACUGGCACCGCACCACAAAGUUGGUACUUUUUCUGGCUCAGAACCAACUGGGCAGCGAGUAUAUGAUCACUUGACCAUCUUUCGUUGCAUUUUUCUGAUUGCGAAGCUUGUUGAAACUGAGGUUACCUGUAUAUCGAAGUGUGACUAAAGUACUACUAAGGUAUAUGGACGACUUGUCCAUCAGAAUAACUCUUUUUAUUCUGCUUAAUGAUCUUCGCUACUUCUCCAUCAGCAUUGUUCAACAAGUGCUGCAGCUGCUUGCUUUCAUUGAAAUCAAGCGUCAACAUUGUCAAUGCCAGGGAGAAGGGAAUAUAAGUGAGAGA